AUGGAAGCUUUGCGGGCUCCCUUGGAUGCAAUUCGCACACGUCUCAACAGACGGAUUGCUUUGCAACGUGCUGUGCCGGAGAGUGAGGUUGAUGUCAAGGCAGUGCGGACCUUUUGGUCCUCCUUACCUACAGAGGUUCGCCUAGAAGUUCUGCGCUUCACUGAUUCCACUGUCGUUCAGCGAGUGCACGACUACAUGAUCAAGCUGCUAAAAGCAGAUAUUUGGAGCCGAAUGAACGACGUCUCCACAGGUGAUGAACCUGCGCCACGGCUGGAGGGCUUUGAGUUCGAAGCUCCAGCAGAGCGUGAUUGUAUGGGCUCCUUACGAGCGCCCAUCGCCAUUAUGGCUACCGAGGAGCUUGCAGCCAAUGACCAAUUGCUUGAAACCAUGGAGGAAUUGUUGGGCAGUCCGCUGCUGAAUGGGCGGCCUGCAUUGCAGCACAGAGAUUGGAGUACUGUCUUUGAUGUGUCCCCAAGCUCCUGGGAGGAACUGCAGCAGCAACUCUACCGACUGGUAGAGCUGGCCAUUUUCCACGCGGAGCGUGAUCCCUACUACCAGCUGCUGCGGGAUGCACCAGUACCACCCAUGAGGCGGCGACGGAAGGCGAAGCGGCCAGCCAAGAAAGAGUCAACUGCCAUUUCAGCUGCUGAUCAGACAGCCUCUGCCGAGCAGAAUCAGAAGGCCGAGUGCAGGGUUAAUGCUAAUGUAGAGUAA